CCUCAUUCGUGCCAAGCAAAAGAAGUCGUCAUUGAAAGGCGCGUAUUGACACUUGACACCAACCUUCCUCCCGUGGGUAGCCCAUCACUCCUGCUCAUCGCAUCAUGAGAAGGGCAAAUGAGAGUGAUCGGAGGCUUGUGACCGAUUGAUUGAUUGACUGAAUUCCAAAGGAUGGUUUAGUUUACUUUCACUUUUUUUGCAGUUGGGAUUAGCAAAGCAAAAGCUACCCAAAAGACCAACCAAGCAAAAACUUUUUAGUUUUCUCCAAGUAAUUUUUCUUUCUUUCAAAGAUCAAGAUGUCAUCUACCAAAGAACAAAACAAGAAAAAGAACCCGCUGAUGCACUUGGUGGCAGGUGGUUGUGCCGGGCUGGUGGAGUCUUCCUGCUGUCAUCCCCUGGAUACGAUCAAGACUCGCAUGCAGUUGCGUCGUCAAGCGACCAGUGUGGAAAAGGUGGUGGUAAAAAUGCGCGAUUCGUUCAUGGAACCGGCACUUCGUCUGAAACACAGUCUGCAGGAACCGGCCGGUCGUUUUGCUGCGGCUGAACCAGGCAUGGCCCGCAUGAGUACGACUACCACGGCGGGUGGAAGAGUGACACAAGUGGUCCGCACCGGUGGACCGUCAACGGCGGGGACCACCGUGGCACCGCUCGGGCCCGUGGGUACCGCCAAACGCAUUAUUCAACGCGAAGGAUUUUUAGCGCUCUACAAGGGAUUGACGGCGGUCUACACGGGCAUUGUCCCCAAAAUGGCCAUUCGAUUCGUCUCGUUUGAACAAUACAAGGAGAUCCUGCAUACCGGAAAGGAACGUGCCGGACUCGACGGAAAGGUUUCUCCCACACUCAUUACCUUUACGGCUGGUCUCAUGAGUGGUCUCACCGAAGCCAUCAUGGUGGUGACACCCGCCGAAGUCUGUAAAAUCCGAAUGCAAUCCCAACAUCACAGCAUGAUGGAUCCCGUUCAAAAGCAGCAUCGAAAAUACACCAAUGUCGUGCAGACUGCCAUGGUCAUUACUCGUGAAGAAGGCAUUGGAGCGCUCUACAAGGGUGUUGUACCAACCAUGUUGCGACAAGGCUGUAAUCAGGCAGUCAACUUUACAGGAUACAACCUCAUCAAGAAAAAAGUCAUGGACUAUCAGGGAACCACCGAAUUGGCGUCGUGGCAGUCACUCUUGAUUGGAGGGUUCAGUGGAGGUAUGGGCCCCACGGUCAAUAAUCCACUCGAUGUUGUCAAGACUCGUAUGCAAAAGCAAGUCAUUACUCCUGGAAAACCUGCCAAGUACACUGGUUUGGGCCAGGCAUGUGCCUUGAUUGCCAAAGAAGAAGGUGUCUUGGCGCUCUGGAAGGGUAUCACACCCCGUCUUUUGAGGAUUGUUCCUGGACAGGCCAUUACAUUCAUGACCUAUGAAUUUGUCAGUGCCAACCUCAUCAAGUUUGGAGUCUUUUAACUAGCAUUGACGUGACAUGGAUGCCGUGCAUGGUUGAGAUAGAGGUUGAUGCGGGAGGAGAAUGGCGCCUCCUAACUCAUUGACAAUAAAUAUUAAAAGAAAAAAUGCAUAGGAGAUAGAUAUAUUGGUGGCCAGCCUGGGGAUACCAUUGAACCAGCAAUCUAAGCGUUGUAGUGAUAUAUUUUCAUGGCUAAAGUACCGGCAUUUUCCCAUCACAAAUACUGAGAGGUACCUUAUUCCAUUCUCCAGUACCACCAAAAGAAGUCUACCUCCGUCAGCCCCCCCCUUUGUCUUGAAGCUGCACCGUGA